AUGUCCGAAAAAUACGAGAAACUUCAAUUGGAACCUUUAUUUAAAACUAUCGAUGAGUUAAAACCACAAUUUAUUGAAAGAUUAUCAAAAGCAAUUGCAAUUCCAUCAGUAUCUUCAGAUGAAUCAUUAAGACCAAAAGUAGUUGAAAUGGCACAUUUCUUAGUUGAUGAAUUAAAAAAUUUGGGUUUUCAAGAUAUUCAAUUAAAAGAAUUAGGAAUUCAACCACCACCAGUCACUGAUAAAAAUUUGAAAUUACCACCAAUUGUUUUAGGAAGAUUUGGUUCAGAUCCUAAAAAGAAAAAUGUAUUAGUUUAUGGUCAUUAUGAUGUUCAACCUGCUCUUAAAGAAGAUGGAUGGAGUUACGAUCCUUUCAAAUUAACUAUAGAUGAAAAAAAUCAAAUCUUAUAUGGUAGAGGGUCAACUGAUGAUAAAGGUCCUGUUUUAGGUUGGUUGAAUGUCAUUGAAGCUCAUAAUAAAUUAGGUUGGGAAUUACCUGUAAAUUUGAUUGUUUGUUUCGAAGGAAUGGAGGAAAGUGGAUCUUUAGGAUUAGAUGAGUUAGUUGCAAAAGAAGCUAAUGCUUAUUUCAAGGGAGUUGAUCAAGUCACUAUUUCUGAUAACUAUUGGUUAGGUACAACAAAACCAGUAUUGACUUAUGGUUUAAGAGGAUGUAAUUAUUAUCAAAUCAUUGUCAAGGGACCUGGUGCUGAUUUACAUAGUGGUAUUUUCGGUGGUAUAAUUGCAGAACCAAUGACAGAUUUAAUUAAAGUCAUGUCUGAAUUAGUUGAUUCUAAAGGAAAAAUUUUAAUUCCAGGAGUUGAAGAUAUGGUUGCUCCAUUAACUGAACAAGAAGAUAAAUUGUAUGAUAAUAUUGAUUUUUCAGUUGAUGAAUUGAAUGCGGCAUCAGGAUCAAACACAGCAAUAUAUCAAAAUAAGAAAGAUAUUUUGAAACAUAGAUGGAGAUAUCCAUCUUUAACAUUGCAUGGUAUUGAAGGUGCAUUUUCAGGGGCUGGAGCUAAAACUGUUAUUCCAUCAAAAGUUGUUGGUAAAUUUUCUAUAAGAACAGUACCAAAUAUUGAAUCUAAAAAACUAGAUGAAUUAGUAUACAAACAUAUCAAUGGUCUUUUUGCAAAAUUGAACUCACCAAAUGAAUUUAAAGUUGAAUUAAUUCAUGAUGGUAAUUAUUGGGUAUCUGAUCCUUUUAAUGAAAGUUUCCAAGCUGCUGCUAAAGCAACUGAAGAUGUAUGGGGUAUUGUUCCAGAUUUUACUAGAGAAGGUGGAUCUAUUCCAAUAACUUUAACUUUUGAAAAGGAAUUAGGUGUUGAUGUAUUGUUAUUACCAAUGGGUAGAGGUGAUGAUGGUGCUCAUUCCAUAAAUGAAAAAUUAGAUAUUAGUAACUACAUAAAUGGUUGUAAAACUUUAGGUGGUUAUUUACAUUAUUAUGGAAAAACUUAG